CAUCAUCAGUAGUAAGUUGAGUUACGACCAUAUACUAACAAACUGAACAAUAUUUAGGUUUAAAGAAGUUCAAAGACAAAUCCCAGAAUUAUCGGGAUCAAAACACAAUGAUCCGACAAGUCACAUUUUCUAUCGCAUUGCUGUUAUUUUCAUGCGCUGCGCAAGAGCAGGGUGCUGAAAAUACUACAACUACCACUACAGAAAACAAUAAUAUAACACAGCAGACUAGUACAGAAAAUGGCCCCAAGUUGAUAGAACAGAACAUUUCUGAAUUAGAUCCAGUCAUAGAACGUUCUUCGCAUUUCCACCACCACAUCCCUGAGGCUUAUUACCACCACCACCAGCCCACGUACCAUGGGUUCUGGAAGAAAAAGUUUGUGUGGCGACCUCGGUGGGUGAAAACGUGGCAAGAGAAAAAGAUCUACGUAGCAGUAUGGAAGAGGAUGUGGGGUCCAGCGAUGCUCAACGAAUGGGUCCCGAUCCCCAAACCUCCCCCAGGCUGGGUAAAACAUGGCGUAGGCUCAUUCGUCGUGCAAACACACCCACACUAAUUAGUAAUAUGAAUUUCGAAUCAUGACGUAUUUCUUUAAUUAAUUGUAUUAAUUUGUGUAUCAGUGUAAUUGAAAACCGUUAAUUUAAUAUCUCACAUAUUGUUAAAUAUUUUACUGAAAAGGAAGGCACGGAUAUUUAUCGUUUUGUUUACUGAAAACCAUAACAUUGACACCGCUCGUCUCUAACUUAGGACUAAUUACUUAGUCGCAGCGUCCACGGCGUGUCUAUUUCCUAAACCAACUAAUUGGUUGGGCAGUGUUCACCACGUCUUAGAUACUUUGUAAAGCUGUCUAACCGAGUUUCCACUACUUGUGAACUCUGUCUCUUGUCUUUUAUUAGCAACUAUUUAACAAUGCAACUGAAAAUAGGAUAUAGGCAAAUCAACUGCGAUUUUUAUCUAACUACUGCAUUUUCAUUACUUACUCCGUGUUAGGUUUUAUUAUAUCCACUCUCAGACCAUGAGACUUUUUAUAAUCGAGUCAGUACUUAUAUCAAGUAGGUAUGAUUUGUAGGUGCGAUUAUGUAUCUACAGACGCCUAGACGCUAGGAAAAUUUGUCACUCUAUACAGUUACAGUUAAAAAUCUAGGUGUGCCAGAAAUACUACAUCAAACGAAACCCGCAGAUAAACCAAACAAAGCCCUCUGCCAAAAAAAAAGGUUUCGCAAAAGUCGCAUCGUGAAAUAUUUUCUAAAAAUGUUGAAUUUCGCCCCUUUGCUCCGAUGCGUUUCAUUUUUGGGGUGCAUCUAUUUGGAUUCGUUUUUUAAAAUUUUGUUAUCACAGCGAGCUAAUUAAUGAAGUAUUAAUUGCUAACAGUAACGAGCUUCAAACUGGUGCAUUGCAAGCCUAUUAAUAGACGACGCAUUAAACUUACAUCGCAUUGAUAAGAAAUGCACCGCGCAAUGCGUUGCAAAAUAUGUUAGUAAAUAAAUUCGGUCCCUCGGAUCGACUGUCGCGCAUCCCUCGUGAGCUGUCAGUAUCCCGGGAUAAUGUAGCUUCUAGCCUCGAGAAUAGUGAGAUAUUUUUAACUGUUACGGUGAAAUCACUUUUAUCAUUGGACCAAUCUUUCCAGAGAACCUUCAUACAACCUGAAAUGUACAGAUAUACAACUUUAGAUGUAAGUUGAUUUAUUUUUAUACUUAUCAAUAGGCAAUAGUGAGACACAUUUGGAAACGAGGGCAAUAAAUAAAAUUAUUUCGAUAAUUUAUAUCAUAAUAAAAGUAAAUAAAAGCUCAAUUGUAAUUAUGUUUUGCUUAAGUCGAAAUAUUAUUUUCUCUGAGCAGAAAGCGAUUUAUGCAUUUUAUUUUAUUUAUGUUGUGGCGAAUUAUAUUUAUGAUGUUAUAAAUAAGUGAUUUUGAUAGGAUGUAUGAAUAAGUUAUUUAUUAAGCAUGAAUGUGUACCUACCUACUG